UCCACUCUCUCCUCCUCAUCAACCAUAUGAUCCACUCUCUCCUCCUCAUCAACCAUAUGAUCCACUCUCUCCUCCUCCUUAUCAACCAUAUGAUCCACACUCUCCUUCUCAACCAUAUGAUCCACUCUCCCCUCCUCAUCAACCAUAUGAUCCACUCUUUUCUCCUCUUCCCCAUCAGCCCCGUGAUCCACACUCUUCUCCUCUUCCUCAUCACCCACACGACCCACUUGCUCCUUUCCCUCUUCCCCAUCAUCCCCAUGUUACUGCAACUUUCCCUACCUCCCCCACUCUGUCAUCGCCCUUCCUACGCUGCACCACAAGGCAAAUGAAGGUCAUCCUGUCUUCUGCUGUCCCGGGUAGCAUUGAAGUCAAAGGUCCGAAUAAUGAAUGGUGGCCAGUUACCCGUGUUCCUGGCUGUUCUUUCUACUUAGAAGCAAUGGGUGUUAAAGGAGUGAUGGUGUCCUCCCCUCUUCGCCCCUGUCAUGCAUACGCCCUGAGUCCGUCAGUGAUAACCUUACCCAUUAAAUUCAUUGAUGCUGACUCGGGGCGGCAUCGGAUUUUGGAGUUGCAAUGCCCCUAUUACUCGUCAACCUCCACCUCACCCACCGCACAACCAGGCCAGACUCCUCAACUUCAGGUUAUCUGCUCCGAGCAUUCUAUGAGUGUGGUGCUUGCCCCAGGUCCCGAAUAUGCCCUGCUGGUUCAAGGGACAGAAACCGGACAGAGUGGUACCCACAGGCCUUGUGGGUAUUCCAUGACUAAGGGAGAGAAUGGUAGAAACGUGCUGGUUGUCCCCUUCAGUUCUUGUCACGUGUCUGUGCAGGGUAACCAUCGGAAAAUUUUUGUAAAAUUUCGGACACUGAGCGGGAACGAAGGAGAGGUGCCUUUAUCAUGCCUAAUUACUCCACCAACCAAAAAGAAAGGUUGUGAGAUCGGUGAUGACUUCCGCCUCCCGUGUGGGCCCGGCCUGGUUUCGCCUGCUGAAUGUCAGUCUCUGGGCUGCUGUUACUGUACUAGCACACAUGCCUGCUACUACCCUCUGGAUGAGUGCACACCUGACCGUCACAUGAUCUUCACUGUGCCUGCCUCUCUUACGAAGCCUCCUCUGUCUACCUCCUCGCUGUUCACGCCUGGCAACAAUACCUGCUUCCCCCUAAAGGUCACUCCCAGCUUUGCCCUGUUCAAGAUCCCACUGGAUGGUUGUGGGGUGCACAAAUAUGAGGUCGGCCACACUAAAAUCUACAUGGUGGAGAUCCUCAAUAUCCUCUACGCCAUCAGCCUGAACUAUGGCACCAUCACCAGAGACUCUCCAGUCAGGCUGACAGUGGAGUGCAGGUACAGUCCUCGCGCCCAUGUGAGCGUGGCCUACCUGGUGAAGACGCCCUCCCUGGGGCCCUCCAUUGAGGCCCAGGGGGUGUUUGGUGUGCAGCUGAGGAUCGCCAAAGACGAGAAUUACACGGACUAUUACCCUCAGUACCACCUCCCCCUCAGCCGUCUCCUGAAGCAGCCGCUGCACCUGGAGGUGCGUCUGCUCAACCCCCCCGAUCCCAGCAUGGUGCUGCUGGUGCACUACUGCUUGGCCUACCCCCGCUCAGCACGGGCGGCGUGGGUGCUCAACUACGAUGGUUGCCCAAACCAGCUGGACACCACUGGGCUCCUGCCCACCUCAGCCCCGUCCCCACUGAGCCCGACCAGAAGAUUCACCAUAAGAACAUUCCAGUUUCUCUCCUCCGACUUGUCCUACACGGACGAGGAGAUUUACUUCAUGUGUUCAACAGAGGUCUGCUCUCAAUCCGAAGGACCCUGCGUCGAAGGCUGCAUUCACUUUCCCACAUCUGGGAAGUGAGAAGAGGACCAUUGUCGCUGGAGAUCCAGAUGGCUCAAAACAAGGCAACAAUAAAAUUCCUCAGAA